CUUCUCACGCGCGGUUUCGUUUGUUGUCGUCCAGUCGUAUAAUUCGUGCAAAAAGUAAAUCGUGGCUGUCGUGCGUUCCUUCCCUUACGGGGUAUGUUUGUUUCCUUGGACGGAUGGAUUUUGUGCACGAUAUGGCAGUACUCAUUGAAGAAACCAGUUCCCCUCCGCGGAUAGCCCGUGACUUUGAUGCCCCCAUAAAGUUAAAGACGUUACAGCGUGGCUGUUUCGUCGGGCAAGCGUCUACUUUAGGAAGUUGAAAUUUGAUCAUCAGUAGUUCCUUGCAAGAACAAAAAACAAGAAGACGCAAUCGAUCCGGUCCAAUGGCACGCAAACCGGACGACGGGUGAUAUUCUGUGCAGGAGCUGGAAGAUCAAAAACACGAAUAAUAAAACAGCUGCCAUUUUUACUUUUUAUUUCUGUAUCACCCUCCAAGUCCAAAGGUAAAUAAAGGAAGGUGGUGGAAAAAGAUCGACUCGGACUCGCCUCCCGCUCCCACGACCAGCAAGCAUGGCUGACCAAUUACCCAACAUGCCACAACACAGCAAGACUUCCACGAUCGUCCCGACGUCGCCCGGAGGAGGUGCUGCUGGAGGCCGAAAGAUGACGUCGGAACUCGAACUGCCUACGCAAGCAUUGAAGCGCGAAAAGGAGGCGAAAGACGCGGAGACGCUACGGGGGACGAUGGCGGUGCAAAUAGUGGAUCAGUCCAACAUGACCGAGUUUGAGAAGAAGAAGGAAUACUACCGCGCCAUCGUGGCCUCUUUUUUGAACCAGCAGAAAUUCGAUGUGUGGAUUGGCGUGAUCAUCAUCUUGAAUUCUCUCACCAUCGGGUGGGAAACGCAAUUGAACGUCGAGGACGAAAACACCGACGCGUUCACCGUGAUCGAGAACAUGUUCCUCUUCAUCUACGUGGUCGAGUUGUCCGCGCGCUUUUUUGCUUUCGGGGUCAUGAAAAGUCUAAAAUCCUCCGGGUGGAUCGUGUUCGAUACCUUUCUGGUGGUGGUGGGCGUGGUCUCCCAGUGGGUGCUCCCCAUCAUCUUCGCCGACACCCCCUCUGCGUUGGAGCCCCUGAUGGUGCUCCGCGUGCUGCGGUUACUGCGGUUGGCCCGAGCGGUGCGGUUGAUCAUCACCUUCAAGACCCUGUGGAUGCUGGUCCGGGGGUUGCUGACCUCCGCGGACACCAUCAUGUUCACCUUCAUUCUGAUCGCUGGGACCGUGUACCUUUUUGCCGUGCUGGGAGUGGAGUUGAUCACGAAAAACAGGCAGCACUACAUUCACGGGGACGACGGGACCUACGCGCCGGCCGGCACGUAUAAGCAGCUGAUGGACGAGGACUUUGACAGUCUUUUUUCGGUGAUGCUCACCCUGCUGUCUUUCGUCACGCUGGACAGCAUAAACCGCAUCUACGCCCCCAUGAUCAAGUUCCAACCCGCCUACUUUUUCUACUUUGUGCCCUUCAUCCUCGCGGUCAGUAUCGCGAUGAUGAACCUGGUCACCGCCGUGCUCGUCGAGAACGCGCUGGAAUCGUCGAAGAAUGACAAGGAGGUGAACGCGGUGUACGCGAAAAAAAAGCUGGAGCAGAUGAUGCCGUAUCCUGUGCAAAAGUAUCGUACUCGUACUAAUUGCAAUCUUGCAUGACAAGCAGUAUACAGCCCAAGAGACCACAGGACGAGAGUCCUGCAAGACCGGGCGUCGAAAGUAAGAGAAAAACAAAAACAAAAAAGAUGGUAUAAACGCGCUCUGCUCAACUGUGUGAAAGGUGUCGGCCCUGAUACCUGCUGCGGCAGGCAGGUGAAUUCGUAGAACUGCAUCACAUGUUAGGCAACGGCCACCGGCCUCCUAACUUAGUGAUGAAUUUGAUAUAUGCGAAAAAUAGCGGGGCCCAAUGAAAAAAAAAAAAUCUUGCAUGACAAACCUACCUUUUUACCUCAAUUAGCAUUACAAAUUCCAUUUUUCUUUCUGAUAAAAUUUGUAAUGCAAUUUGUACUAGUACGAAUACGAUGCUUUUGCAAUGCAUAUGCCGCAAAUCAAAGCAAUCUUCGUUCUGCUCGACAGGGACGGGUCCGGCGAGAUUUCCAAGGAGGAGCUGCUCGAUAUGGCGUUCUCAAAUGUUACAUUCUCAACUGUUACAUGAUUUGUCAUGCAAAAUGACCAUAAGCCGCCACACGAUCAAGGUGUUUCGCAUGACAAAUUCUCGAAGGGCUAAACACCACCUGGAUCUGCUCCAAAUUUGUAAUGCAAAGCGCGCAAUCUUCCCGCGUUCGCUUUUGCUGUUCUUGCAUGACAAAUUCAUGUAACAGUUGAGAAUGUAACAUUUGAGAACGCCAUACUCGAGGGAUUAGAGACGAACCCGGAGAUAGAGGUGGAGUUGCAGCAUUUCCUGGGCAACGAAUCCCCGGUGCAGUUAUUCGACACGCUGGACGUGGACGGGGACAACUCCGUCGGGAUUGACGAGUUCUGCGACCUGAUGCGGGAGCGCGUCACGUCCGAGGCGCCGAUUGAGCUCACCAAGGUGUUGAAGAUAGCGAAGCAAACGAAAAACGACGUGCAAAAAAUGCUCACGUCACACCGGAUGCAGCUAGCCUCCGGAGGUUUGUCCGGCGGAAGCAGGACAAGAUCGAAAUCCCUUCUCCCGCCCGCGGCAGCGUCAGGUACCUAUUAAUUAAUACUUGUUCCCCCGUCGUAUAGCAGAUGAAGAUGAUGAUGAAGAUGAACUUCCAACUGGUGCCAGAUGAAAUUAUGACUGUGACCACUCUGGGUCUAGCUCUAGGAGAAGCUAGUACGGAGCACUCUGCGUUUUAGUACUUAUUUUUGCUGGUCGAAGCAAUACUAGCUGAUCUAUUCUUGCUUCGACCAGCAAUGGAUGGUGUAUUAGAACGGAAAGGUGACAUCACGUGUUUUGCACGAAUGGAAAAAAAGAAAACCACUGCUGGAGCAUGCAUACACUGAACCUACUAGAAGACGAUCGCCCCUACUCGUAUUCUGAUGUUGCUUCUACUAAGUGAAGCAGCUCGCCUUAAUCGUUAUAAAUAUUUGUGACCUGGAGUAGGAGUACGAGUAUGUACGCUCGCUGGAUACGGUGCAUCUUCUACUAAUGGACUUACCUUUGGAAAAAACAACUGACACUAGGUCCAGCUCCAGGAGGUGUAGAACAACAAGCGCCACACAAUAGGCAAGCGCGCUGCCUUCGGAGGGCUUUAGCUUGAUUGCCAACGAUCCCCAUUGCGCGCCGCAGGGUAAAACGGCGGGGGCCUUCCUGUUGCUGCGCCCGAAGAGAAUCUGCGUGAGACGCCGCCCCGGGCAACUGCGCCAAUUGGGUGGGCGCUCGCCAGGGCGCCGCCGCGCGAAGGCGGGGGGCCGUUUUGCUUUAAUAUCGUGGCGAUCGCAGCGCCAGAGCUGUCGCUGGCUUCGCUGUUUUCGCAUGGUUUGCCUGCUCGCCGGCGGCGGGUUGCAAAGUGGCGACCCUCAAUUUAAUUGAUUUCCCAGCGCCCGCGAGCACUAUCACAGAAGCCCACGCCCUCUAGUCUAGUGGCCUCGCGCCUCUUAGUCUAUUGGCCUCGCGCCUCUAUUCUAUUGCCGCCCGGCCUUAGGAAAUCAAUUAAAUUGAACGCCGCCGCGCUUGGGCCGUCGCCCUUUUUUCUGCAAAUUAAUUGGCGAGCUUGGUUCUAUCGCCCUGGCCGUGGCGGGUUUGCCCUAUGUUUGGCAACCCAAUAGUGUCGGAGCAGCAGGCCUGCUGGGGGCCGGUCCUACAUCUAUUGGCGCACCCGCCAGGAACGGCGUGCUCACUGGUCAAGAUGCCUCAUGGGCCAGCUAGUUCGUAGACGCUGGAUACAAGGCGGCCCAUGCGAGUUUGUUUGCUUUCUUGCGGAGGCGUGGGCGCCCCAAGUGCAAGAACUGCAACGCCCACUGUUCGCAUUCGUGCAAUCAUAAAAAAAAUGCUGCCAGAUGGAAAUGAUCUCGAGACCAAAACACAAAGACCUGCGGCCUUUGAGCGCAUCGAGUCUGUGCUCUGCCGAAUUCGCACCCACUCAAUUUAUAGAAAAAAUUAUCUAUUUUUAUCGCUAGCAAAAUCCGGAAUUAAGGACUUUUGUCCGGCCAUAUAGGAGUAUGUACGCUCGCUGAAAACAAACUGACACUAGGUCCAGCUCCAGGAGAUGUAGAGGACAGCGCCGAAACGCCUAGCCUCAGCAGGGCGCAAAGCCGCGACGGAGGAGCCGUUUCUACAGUCUCAGUGGGCGGCGGAGACGCAGCUCGUGUUCUGCACGGGCAGAUGGACGCACUCAACGGGCGAAUGGAUACAGUCGAGGGGAAGCUCAACCGCAUGACCGACGUACUAGACAAAAUACACGCCGCUCUGGAACUCGACCUCUCACGGUGAGCAUCAUAGCUGUCGUAGGUGUAGCUCUGCGGGUACAAUACUAAUUUUCACUUGAGUUCUAAUUCUUUCGUUUCAGUAGUUACGCUAAACCUGUACGGUAGGUAGUUGUUUAUUUACAAGAAGUAGAAGUAGAACACGUCAAACUCAAAGAAAAAGAGGUGAUAGAGCCUCACGCUCUCCUCUCUUUCUGUCUUUUUGAUAUAGUAGUCUCUGCAGGACGAGUAUAUGUUAACUUUUUGCAUUGCGCUUGAUGCCGUAGACACGCACGACGAGGGCAGAUGAGCCAAAACAAAGGCAUAUCUUAUCAAGCAGACAGGAAGUGGAAGAUGACCGAAAGUACAUAUACAAGAAGUGCUCGGUGGACCACUUGCAGUUGCAGAUUAAGAUUACAACCUGGAGGUUCUCGCAUCAAGCGGAUUGUCGAGGACAGUAUGAACUUGCUUGACCAGCUUUCCUAGGUGGAAUGGGAAUCGAAUCUAGCAAGCUUUUUUACGGAUAAGUACGAGUACCUUUGUUGGCUGCACCACAUUCAUUGGUUGCUGUCAGUACAUACCUCGUCUCCACUUCAUUUUCCUUUUUGCUUUUCACGUAAUUUAGAUUUUAGCAUACGCAUUCACUUUUUUCGCAUUUUAUUUUUUAUUUCUUCACAUUUUCUUUUUGUUUCUCUUUCUCAUUCUUUCCUGACGCUGACCGAGCACCAACUCCGAAUUCUUUGACCAGUUAGUAAUAUUUAUAGUUAUGACAUAAGGUAGCAACCCUACCCCUAUCUUCUCUUCCGCUCCCCAAGAACUCCUGAGUAACAAGGUCGAGAUCAAUCUAAGUAAAUGGACAAACGAUUAUUUGCUCAGGUUAAUAAAGUCCUAUUCUCUACUUCUCUCAUCCUGGAAUAUCCUUUCUUUUUUUUCUUGUCUCAUACCAGCACGACAUGGGACAGAUGAAGACAGCGCUGGUUGUUUGAUUUUUCCUGAAUGAACUAAUUUUUGCUUAUUGAAAUUGAUAAUGACAUAAAUCGGUCGCAUAUUAAGUAUUGAAAAUCGAGCCAUGAAGUUCCUUACCUCGGUUCGUCCAGAGAUACAUAUAAGUAGGCUGCAGACGAUGGCUCGGUUAGAUGUCAAGACGUCGUCCAACAAGGAAGUAGAGGCUCU